GUACAUACGAGGCCGCAGCAGUGUGAGUGUUUGAAUUCAUCGUGAUGCUGGUUCAUCGUCUACCCGCUGCCCGCUAAUGUGUUGGUGAUGCCCAUUUUGUUUGCGUUUUUUGCAAUUUUCCGCCCGACCAAAUUUAUCAAAUUUCGAUCCCAGGAGGGUCCUCCGAUCGCGAAUUUAUCAUCAGGACGCGCAGUGAAAAUCAUGUUAACGUUUGUGCGAUAGAUCGAUGCAGUGCAGGUGCGCGGAGCAAGUGGAAAUUCGACGCAAUGAGAAAAGUUUAGUGAUGGAUGACGUUUUGCAUUCGGGGCUGCUGAUGAAGAGUCGAGAGAUGGCGCCCGGCCGCGGAUCCCGCGUUGCAUUCGGUCGCAGUCAAAAGUGACUUUUGGUGUCGGUGGAAAUGUCCAGUGUCCAAUUGGAAUCGCCGUGAAUGUUAAAUCCUGUGUUUUGGAUCGGGAAUCCAACGCAACAAUUCAGACAAAACUCGUCGUUUCGCAAAUUAGACGCUACACAUGCGCCUGCGCGAUGUGAAGAACAGAAAAAAGAAUCCUCUCGGGAGUUUAGUGUACUAUCGCUUGCCAGAAAGUUGUGUUUUCGAAGGACUAGUCGGAGUGCGGUAGGAAUGCAAGAAUGAACGCUUCCGACCGCUCAGUCGCCCACGAGAAUCCCGGGGCGGAUUCGCAGAUCCGGCAGUCGCCGUCGCAGCCCCAGCAACAACAGGCUCAUCCCCAGCAGCAGCCGCAACACCCCCAACAUGCUCGGCACUUGCACCAGCAGCAGCUUGAUGAGCAAGCCCGUCACCAGCAGCAACAACAACAGCAGCAGCAGCAGCAAAACCAACAUCAACCUCAGGGCGGUGGACAUCAACAAGAGCAGCAGCGGAUUGGGGGUGUGAUCCAGCCUGUCAGUGAGGCAGAAAUCAAGCAUCCUUUGCCCUUGGCCAAUGCCCCGCAUCUUGGAAAGUACUGGGUCGUGACAAAUCUUUUCCAGGGUCCGGGCCAGAACGCUACAACCUACAAUGUCGCGACCGCACAGCCCACUUCCUCGGCCGGCGGCGUCGUUAUUCCCGCCACUCAGCCCACACAAUCUCAUACCACGAUCAAGCCGGACGGAAUCAAGCAGGAAGAGGCGAACAUGCAUCAGCAGCAGCGGCAGCACAUCCAGCAGCAAAUUGUUACCGUUAGCGCACCUAACACCAUCCAAAUACCAAACUCGAUGAUUGUCACGCAACAGGGCUCGCAGCAGUUGACCAACGCAACCCUUAUCCAGACAAACCAGCCAGCUGAGCACAUCCAGGUGGCGGUGAACCCCGAGAACAGUAUUAUGAUUAUGGACACUUCGGCUCCCAACAAAAACGAGAAGAUUAUGUCAAACCAAAAUAUGAACACGGGCGAACCGAUGCAAGGCAUUGAGCGGGUGAAGGAGGAGAAGCCCUUCGUCAACUGCAAGAUGCUGCCCCAUCAACAGCAAAUGCAUGCCCAGCAGCUUGCUCCGGACCAAAAAGUGCACAUACCGCACCUACUGGACGUGAGGAACGCCGACGGGUCUCUUAUAAAGAUCCAACCGCAGGACCAGGAGAUGGGCAAGCAACUGGGCGUGGAAAUGUAUAAAGUGAACAUUGAAGACUUGAGCCAGUUCCUUUCAUAUCACGAAGUGUUCGGGAAACUGCAUGGGGGCGAUGUAAUCACGCAUCCCAUCUCGCAUUCGGGCACACACGUCGUAAAUACAAUCAGCAAUGCCCCGGCAGCAGUCAAAACGACAACGGCCCCAAAUGUUGUAACGUCUGGUGCGAACAUAACCACUUCCACGGGCGAAUUACUGAUGCCGAAGAUGGAGAAUAUCACACAAAUGCCCGGGGUGAAUCAAGUUCCCGGAGCCCCCGGGACCCUGACUAAUGCCGACGGGACGACAAUAACGCCAGCCACUCAUACGUGUGAUAUUUGCGGUAAAAUGUUCCAGUUCCGUUACCAAUUAAUCGUGCACCGGCGCUAUCACAGCGAGCGGAAGCCGUUCAUGUGCCAGGUAUGCGGCCAAGGCUUCACAACGUCCCAGGACCUCACCAGACAUGGAAAAAUUCACAUUGGCGGCCCAAUGUUUACAUGCAACGUAUGCUUCCACGUGUUCGCCAACGACGCGAGCCUGGAGCGGCACAUGAAGCGUCAUUCGGCAGACAAGCCUUUCGCGUGCACCAUGUGCCAGAAAACGUUCGCUCGGAAGGAACACUUGGACAACCACUUUCGCAGCCACACAGGCGAAACGCCGUUCCGAUGUCAGUUCUGCGCGAAAACGUUCACCCGCAAGGAGCAUAUGGUGAAUCACGUGCGGAAACAUACAGGCGAAACCCCGCAUCGGUGCGACAUCUGCAAGAAGUCUUUCACGCGGAAAGAGCAUUACGUUAACCAUUAUAUGUGGCAUACCGGCGAGACGCCCCAUCAAUGUGAAGUUUGUGGUAAGAAGUACACACGCAAGGAGCAUUUGGCGAAUCAUAUGCGAUCCCAUACUAACGACACGCCAUUCCGAUGUGAGAUUUGCGGUAAGAGCUUUAGCCGGAAAGAACACUUCACAAAUCACAUACUGUGGCACACAGGCGAAACUCCCCAUCGCUGUGAUUUUUGCGCAAAGACAUUCACUCGGAAAGAGCAUUUGCUAAAUCAUGUUCGACAGCACACUGGCGAAUCACCUCAUCGUUGUACGUACUGCUUGAAAACAUUUACAAGAAAGGAACAUCUUGUCAAUCAUGUGCGGCAGCAUACCGGUGAAACACCAUUCAAGUGUACAUUCUGCACAAAAGCGUUCACCCGCAAGGAUCAUAUGGUAAAUCAUAUCCGCCAGCAUACAGGCGAAUCGCCACACAAGUGCACGUACUGCACGAAGACAUUCACUAGGAAAGAGCAUCUCGUAAAUCACGUGAGGCAGCACACCGGCGAAUCGCCGCAUCGAUGCUCGUACUGUAACAAAACAUUUACUCGAAAAGAACACUUAACGAAUCACAUUCGUUUGCAUACGGGCGAUUCACCACAUAAAUGUGAAUGUUGCCAAAAGACAUUUACACGAAAAGAACAUUUGAAUAAUCACAUGAAGCAGCAUUCAAGCGAUAAUGCGCAUUGCUGCAAUGUCUGCAAUAAGCCAUUUACACGAAAGGAGCAUUUGAUAAACCAUAUGUCUCGGUGCCAUACCGGGGAUCGGCCGUUCGCCUGUGAAACGUGCGGAAAGUCCUUCCCGCUCAAAGGAAAUCUUAUCUUCCAUCAGCGCAGUCACACAAAAGGCCAAGAUGUUGAACGACCAUUCCGUUGCGAAAAGUGCCCGAAAGAUUUUAUAUGCAAAGGACACUUGGUAUCGCAUAUGCGCGCCCAUUCUGGCGAAAAGCCUCAUGUUUGUUCCCUGUGUAGCAAGGCGUUCGUUGAAAAAGGGAACCUGAAGCGACACAUGAAAAUGAAUCAUCCGAAUGUGAUUAUACCGCCACUCGGACUCGUAACAAACAUUAAAACGGAAGCAAAUCCGCCUACCGUCACCACUGUCGUUUCUCAGUACAACACAAUAAAAACGGAAACAAAUCCCACCACGAUGGCGACAGCUCCCCAAUACAUGAAUGAACGAAUUCAGCUACUGACGAAAGCCAACUUACUCCCGAUUAACCCUCUGAUUCCUCACCAAGCGCCUACAAUGCAUACAAUACAACAAAUAACAGCUACUUCCGCCAACUCAACAAUAAGUAAUACGAGUUCAUUGUCUGGAACAACCGGUCUCGUGCCGAUCGUUACUUCGACGAUUACAUCACAUGCGAACCAACAGCAGCAGCAGCAGCAACAACAACAUGUUUCCGCGCAAAUGCAGCAGCAGCAAUCGCAACAACAGCAACACCAACAACCCCCUCCGCCUCAACAGCAGCCGCAGCAGCAGCAGCAAAAUAAUCAACAAGGCGGGGAUCCUACGCAAACGGUGCCCAUUGCAAUCAUACAGGCUGGCGACCCUGCAACAAUCACAAGGGCUUCGAUACAACUGCAGCAUUUGCCGCCCGGCGUGGAGCACCACUCGGUGGUCUAUUAAACAAACAAAAGUGCCGCCCCUAUCCCAAAGGGGCAGUGACGGUCAGUUUCGUUGUUAUAAACACACAACACUUCAUCUAAUGAAAACAUGAUUUUUAUACAUAACAUGUAGCGCACGUUUAGUUGAACAUUUGUUUUUUAACGAUAAUUACUCUACUAUCCACAGACGGUGCGGUGUUUUAAAACCAGUAUUUUUAAUAUUAUAGUCAUUUAGCGUCUCAUUUUCAAUAUUUUACAAUAUAUCGUAACCGAUAGUUUUUGUUAACAUUUUUAUUGACUACAUGGAGGAGAACUUAGACGUAGGUUAACACUUUUGUAGAUGAAAUGAUUUAUUACAAUGCGCGAAGAAUGCAAAACGUGGUUCGACCAAGACUUCCCAGAGUGUGUAGGUGAGGUUUUGCUACCUUUGAUGUGAUGUGUGGACGGAGAUUGCUUUGGAAGAGGUUCAACCAUGACCUUCGGGCGGGUUGAACCAAUCUCGAUUAGAAUAAGGGCAAAGAUCUUGCUGUAGACUGUGGUAGUUCGUUUCUGAAGCUUCACAUUGUACUCUUCUAUUAGGAAAUAUAUUGAAAAUAUAUUUUCGUUGAGGGCGAACCGAAGAUGGAUUGAGUUAGAUCGCACUGGAUGAAAUGAAAGCAAAUACUAAAUUUAAGUUAAGAAAUAUGAAUGCUUUAUCAAAGAGAACUAUAUUCUUAUUUUAUUCCUAUUUUGUUUAUUGUUUAUUAUUUUUCGAAUAACGCAUGGUAUAUUUACAUAUAGAACUUAUUUAGACGAACCAACAAGGAGAAAGCAAAGCAAAUUGAAUAUAUUCCCGCGUAUAUUUAACAUGAAUAGUUUCCAAAAAUGGCGGCACCGGGUCGCCCCACUACAAUUUAUGUAUACCUAAUAUCUUAAAAUAUUAAUAAUGAUGUAUAUUCUAAAUGUUUAUUAAAAGGUAAUUUAGAGAAAAAUAAAGUGUAGCAGACGUGAAAGUGGUAAUAUCAUAGAACUGUGUAACCCUCGAGCAAGAAAAAUCAUUUUUUAAAAUGUAUUAAUAUACGAAGAACUUUACUAUUGUUUGUUUUAUCAUGUGUGUGUCUGGACUUGUAAAGUUCCGUUUUACCGUGUGUCGAAUUGAUAUUUUUGGGUACAUUUAAAUGUAUAUAAACCACAUAUAUUAUAGUGACUAACUACUAUUGUACUAAUGAUCAAUAAUCAACUUUUAGAUAUCAUUUCAAUAUUCAUGGACAUUUUUUAUUCCCCCAAGGAUCCAACGGGUUUUAUGUGACGAGUUCGCUUUGGGUUAGAUUCUUAGGUUUUAUAGAAGAUUUUACGAUUUGUGAUGUUCAAGGAAAUACCUGCAAUUUUGGCGGUGACGAAAAACGUCGCCUUUGUCUUUAGCAUGAAACGUGAGAUUAGAUUAACUAUUCUAUGUUCUAGAAUGAAGAAAACAGAAUCCCUAUUGAAGCAGAGUCGGGAGGGCAGAGUAGUUGCAAUACAGGGAACAAUUUCGAAAAUUGGAAGAUUUCGUGUGAUUUUGGAUAUUUGCUUUUGUUUCUUGUAAAUACAUUAACGUUUAUUUUGAAAAGUAAUUCGAGUUGAUGUGCGUGAAGUCAUAGUGAAAGAGGAAAUAUGCAGACUUUUACAAUAAAAACCAAAUCAAGAAACUGGUUGAAGUCACGAAUGUAUACCUUGUUGCAGUCCCAAAACUGCGACCAAAACACCAUCGCAUGCAGUGCUGGGUGGACUUUGAUGGAGUUUGCCCUUUCCUGCAAGCCAAUUCAGCUUUUAUUCCAAUUCAACUAUUGUUUUUCCUAUCAAAUACUAUUUCGUUCGUUGACUAGUAACAAAAUCAGGGCCAAAGGUGAAGCUGCAGUACUAAAAGUAAUUUGUACCGGUGAGAAAACAGUUUUAUAAUUACAUUUUUCAAUUCCUUGCAAAUAGAGACAAAACACAAAUGAAUAGCUUAGAGAUUAUCACUUGUAAUGAAUAGGAAAGCAUGGCAAUGAGCGAAUAAUGAUCUGUGGAUGUAUCUGACGCAAAAGUUAUUCGUAGAAGAAUUAAAGUUGUAACGUAGAGACACACGUAUAACGUCUGUAUCAAGCUAAAUAUUGAAUGAUUCAAACAAAUUGCUACUAUUGGCAGUAUAUCAACUAACAUAAAUACGAAUAGAAUACAACCAGUCGAUGAUUGUAUAGUUAUUUAAGAGCCCUACUGUAGUAGCUGUAGAAAUAAGAUUAUAGGAUAAUUAUAAAUGAAAAACUACUA